AUGGAUUCCCGAGCAGAGCCGGUCGCCAUUGUUGGCAUGGGCUGCAGAUGGCCCGGUGGUGUCCGUGAUACUCCAGGACUCUGGGAGCUUCUCAAGAACAAGCGUUGUGGCUACCGAGAUUUUGGCGACCAUCGAUUUUCACAGGAUGGCUUCAUCCACCCCAACCCAGACCACAUGGGUGCCACUUCCACCCAAGGCGGCUUCCUCCUCACCGAGGACGCUCGCCUCUUUGAUCACACUUUUUUUGGCAUGCAGCAGACGGAAGUUGAGACUAUGGAUCCGUCUCAGAGAAAGCUGCUGGAAGUCACAUACGAAGCCCUGGAAAAUGCCGGCGAGACGCUCGACAGUGUGUCUGGCACGCGGACGGGCGUCUUUGUUGGCAACUUUACCGUCGACCACACCGUUAUUCACUCUCGCGAUCCCGAGUACCCGCGCCCAUACGUCACUACAGGUACAAGUUUGAGCCUGCUUAGCAACCGCAUCAGCUACAUCUUCAACCUCCAAGGCCCCAGUGUCACACUAGACACAGCAUGCUCGUCCUCCAUGUACGCGCUGCACAUGGCGGUGAAUGCCAUUCGCAAUGGAGACUGCGACUCGGCUGUCGUUGCCGCCUCGAACUGGAUCAUCGAUCCCACUAUGCAAAUCAUGAUGAACAAGUUGGGCGCUUUGUCAUCUACUUCGAGAUGUCACACCUUUGACAUUUCAGCCGAUGGCUACGCACGUGGUGAGGGGUUUGCGGCGAUUUAUCUGUGCAAAAUUUCCACGGCGCUGGACCAUGGCAACCCUAUUCGCGCUGUUGUUCGCGGCACGGCGAUUAAUGCCAACGGCCGCACGGGUGGUAUUACGCACCCCAGCAAGUCGGGCCAGGAGACCGUCAUUCGACAGGCAUAUCGCAACGCUGGCAAUCUCCCGCUGGCGGAUACGACAUACUUUGAGUGCCACGGAACAGGUACCCCUGUCGGUGACCCCAUUGAGAUUGAGGCCAUCGGCAAUGUCUUUUCUUCCCUGAAGUCGUCGCGGGAGCCUCUGUAUGUGGGCUCCAUCAAGACCAACCUGGGCCACACCGAGUCGGCCAGUGCCAUCGCUGGUAUCAUGAAGGUGGUUCUGGCUCUGGAAUCUGGCUUUAUUCCGCCCAGCAUUGGCAUCGAAACUUUGAACCCAAGAGUCGGCUUCAAAGAGGCUAACGUCAAGGUAUUGACGGACCUGACGCCUUGGCCCGAAGGAAAGCUUCGUCGCGCGAGCAUCAACUCUUUUGGUUAUGGUGGUGCAAACGGACAUUGCAUUAUUGACCACGUUCGGAAUGUGCUGCACGGAUACGUCAAACCGGGACUAAACACCCCCAUCACGUACAAUCCGUUCAACGCCAUCAACGGCCACACCAACGGCCACACCAACCAUGACGCCAAUGGAUAUACCAAUGGUCAUACCAACGGCCACGCCAAUGGCGCGGCUAAUGACUUCACCCAUACUAGCGCUACUGACAUUGACGCUCACGUUCCCGCCAUGUGGCACUUGAACAAGACUCACAGAGCGGACGCCGGUACCAGGCGCCUGGUCCUCCUGCCCUUCUCCGCCCACAACGAAGGCUCGUUGAAGCUCAACGUCGCCUCCAUGGCCGAUGCCCUUACCACCAAGAAACACUCCCUCGCGGACGUCGCAUACACGCUCUCCGCACGACGCACCAAGCUCAUGCAGCGCUCGUUCCGCAUCGUCGAGAGCAAGGAUGUUGCGAGCGGCAUGGCGGUCGAGCAGCCCAUCUCUUCUAGCCCCGCAGCCACUACCACCGCUGCCUUUGUCUUUACUGGCCAGGGUGCGCAGUGGAAUGGAAUGGGCAAGUAUCUGUUUGAGUAUAGCGUCUUCAGCGAUACCAUUGACUACCUGGACCGAGUGAUUGAGAAAGUGUCUGUCGACACACCCGUUACUUGGGCAAUCAAGGACGUCCUCCGUGGUGUUGCGGAUGACAACUUGGUCAAUGUCCCCGAAGUUUCGCAGACGGUUUGCACAGCCCUGCAGAUUGGUAUUGUCGACCUCCUUGCCUCGUGGUCUAUCCGCCCUACUGCCGUCACCGGUCACUCCUCCGGUGAAAUGGCUGCUGCGUACGCCGCCGGCCGUCUUACGGCUGCCGAGUCCAUUGUCGCUGCGUUCUUCCGAGGCCAGGCUGUCAAGACGAAUUCUCAAAGUGGUGCCAUGCUGGCUGUCGGAAUGGGCCUGCGCGAGCUGGACGAGUCGGACUACCUGCAAGGCUUGGAGGAGUCGAUCGCGGUUGCGGCGUGCAACUCCCCCGCAAGCUUGACCUUGUCUGGCGACGUCGAGGCCAUUGAGAAUCUUGCGGCUAAGCUGACGGCUGCCAGCGUGUUCAACCGCAUCCUUCGCACUGGUGGCAACGCUUACCAUUCGCACCACAUGGCUGCCGUAGGCAAGAAGUACCAGGAAUGGCUGGGCCGUGGGAUGGUCAAAGCAGCUGCUGAAGGUUUUGGUGAGCCUGUCCACCUAAAUGAUGCCGUCCCGUGGAUUUCCUCUGUUUUCCCGAUGAAAGACACAACGACCAUUCCAGUUGAUGCGACAUACUGGCGCGCCAACCUGGAAUCACCCGUCCGCUUCUCGGAAGCCGUUCAGCAGCUUGUCAAGACCGUUCCUGUCAAUGCGAUGAUCGAAAUCGGCCCUCACGGUGCUCUGCGCGGACCUGUCGACCAGUCCUUGAAAGAGGUCGAGUUCAGUGCUUCUGUGAUGGCCUCACUGGAGCGCAACAAGGACGGUCAGGCUUGUCUGCUUAAACUGGCAGGUAACCUCUUUGGCAUGAACUUCCCCGUUGACCUCCCCGCUGUCAACGCAGUCGACGAGCUGGAAGGUUAUGGUACUGUGCAAGGGUGCAUGGCUGUCGAUCUGCCUCCGUACCAGUACGCCUACGGACCCAUCCUCUACCACGAGAGCCGUCUCAGCAAGGAGUACCGCGGCCGCAGCAUCAUUCGCCAUGAGCUCGUGGGCUCCAAGCUCCCUGGAAACGCCAAAUUCCGACCGCAGUGGCGCAACAUCCUCCGUGUUAAGGAUUUGCCCUGGCUUGCUGAGCACCGUCUGGUUCCCGAUGCUGUUUUCCCUGCUGCAGGCUACGUCGCCAUGGCAGUUGAAGUGGCUGCCAGAGCGCACGGCGACAAUGAAGGUGCGUUACCAAUCACCGGCUUCAAUCUGCGCAAUGUGGAGAUCAAGUCUGCUCUGAGAAUCCCUGAAGAUGACUAUGGUGUCGAAGUUAUCGUUACCCUUGAGCUUGAAGAUGCGGCGAGGGCCAAGGGUCCGGGCUGGGUUCCGUUCUCCAUCAGCUCCGUUUCCUCGACCACUGAUGCCUGGACCGAGCACUGUGCUGGUUAUGUUAGAGUGCAGGUUUCGCCCACGCAGUCCAAACUUGAGAAGAUUAACUGUACCAUGGAUGCACGUCUGCUCGACUCCAAGGCCCUGUACCGUAAGUUCGAGCAGCUGGGUCUUGGAUACGGCGACGCUUUCCAGGGACUCUCAAACAUUGAGGCCGAUCCUACGCAGAACCUGGCGUCCGCAAGCCUCAAUCUUAAGACCACCCGCCCUGCCGACAAGUUCCUUGAAAAGGCCUCUCGCUACGCCAUUCACCCGGCGUCUCUUGAUUCCCUCUUCCAGCUUGGCCUGGUUUCCUGCCACGGCGGUCAGCUUGAGCGAACCAAGAAUGCAUUUGUCCCCAUUCACAUCUCGCAAAUCUACAUCAAGAAUGGCAAUGACGAAGCGGUUGGAACGGCGCUUGCCAAGGGUGAGCUUCGUGGUCUUCGCGGUGCCUAUGCCAAGCUUCAGGUGCUUGACAAGACCGGUAGCAUCGUCGUUGACAUCCCCAAGCUGCGCUGCAUCACGUACGGUGAAGGCUCUGCCCAGGAUGGAAUGACAAGGAGGCCCUUUGAAAGCCAGUCGACUCGCCUGACGUGGCUGCCCGAUUUCCGAACCCUGAACUGCAAGGCCGCUAGACAGCUGUUCCCGCCGCCUCAGGAAAAUGUCGAUCGCGAGCCACUUUCCAAGACUGUUUAUGCCAUUGCAGCUCUCAUUGUGGUUGAGGUUCACGAGAAAUACAAUGGCAGGGCAGAUCUCGCGGAUGCGCCUGAGCAGAUUCGUCUCUUCUUGGCUUGGAUCCGCAGGCGCGUGGAGCUCGAUGAGACGGAAGUGAUGAAGCAGGCCAGAGGUCUGGAUGCCAAAGAUCGACAGGAGCUUCUUGAGUCUCUUUGUGCCGGCACUGAGGAUGUCAUCGAGAUCAAGAUUGCGCGCCGACUCUUGAACAACAUGGACGAUAUUUUGUACGGUCGCACCACUGGUGUUGAGGUCCUCGUUCAGGAUGGAUAUCUUACGACGCUGUAUGACACUGGCAUUGCCAUGACAGGCGCCUAUCCCCAGCUUCGGCGUGUCAUUGACGGCCUCGGCCACGCCAAUCCCCAUCAAAAGAUUCUGGAGAUUGGUGCCGGUACUGGUGGUGCCACUCGUACCGCCAUGGCCACUCUGCACGACGAGGUGACGCAGAUUAAGCGCUACGAUAGCUACACUUUCACCGACGUCUCUCAUGGAUUCUUGACAGCUGCCAACGAGUUUAUGGCUCCGUAUCGCGACAUAGAAUACGCUGUUCUUGACAUUGCUCAGGACCCUGAGCAGCAGGGCCAGAAGGCUGAGUACGACGUCGUUUUGGCCUCGCAGUGCUUGCAUGCUACUGCGCACAUCGACGCCACGCUCAAGCACUGCAGCAAACUUCUCAAGCCCGGUGGUAAGCUUAUUCUGGUUGAGAAUACUGGCGACUCCUUCGUUCACGGUCUCAUUCUCGGUACCCUCACGGGUUAUUGGGAUGGCAUUCCCGACGGACGCGUUGAAAGUCCCUUUUUGGGCCUGCCGUCUUGGGAGAAGGCUCUCCAGGGAGCUGGCUUCUCUGGAGUCGAUUUCAUCCUCGAUGACUAUCCCCACCCGUACAGCACUGCAAGCACCAUGCUCACCACCUUGUCUCCCCCCACGUCUACAAAGAGCGUCUCUGACAACCGCAUCGCCCAUCUACUCUACAGCGAUGGCAUCGGCAAGGACUCUCCUCUGGUGUCUCAUAUGGCCGACGAAAUGGCACGCAACGGCGUGUCUUACGAGUUCAUCCACAUUGACACUGCCAUGGAUCUCCGCCCAAACUCCAGGAUCGUUGCUUUCCUGGACGACAAGAACCUGCUAAUGACACCUGACGCCAAGCGUCUGGCAUUGUUCCAGCACCUCGCUGCCUCAGCGGCGACCAUGGUUUGGGUGACGUCCGGCGGCAUCGUGACUGGUGCCAACGCCGACGCUGCUCUUCUCGCUGGUCUGCUUCGCACUGUCGGUACCGAGAACCCGACUGCGAAGUUCCUAUUUUUUGACAUUGCAUCGCAAGAUGUCGAUGCUGAGGAGUGGGAUGAGAUUGCCUCGUGGAUGGCUACCAAGGAGCUCAAUCUGCAGCAGACCGUAUCGGAACAGGAUGCUUUCGAGGAUCGCGAGUUUAGCUGGCAGAAUGGCUGCGGAUGGGUCAGCCGCCUUCUUCCUGACGCUCAGCUCGCCGAGCAGCAGCGGCUGGGCGCUUUCCCCGCCAGCACUGCUGAGGUGCUCCCCAUUGACAGCCAGGGCCCUGUCCGAGCUGCCUUUGAAACGCCUGGAAUCCUCACAUCGUUGUAUUUCCGCCCUUACACCGAGUUGCUGCGUGCUCUGCCCCACGAUUAUAUCGAGGUCAAGGUUGCCGCUGUCGGCCUCAACUGGAAGGACCUGGGUAUCGCUGCUGGCACUUUUGACGCCAACAACCUGUCUGCCGAGUAUUCCGGUAUCAUUACCAAGGUUGGCUCCUCGGUCAGUGGCUUUGUCGUUGGAGAUGCCGUCUACGGAAUGGGCCACGGACAUCUUGGUAACUACACGCAAGUGCCGGCCUGCUUUGCUGCCAAGCUGCAGCCAACCGACGAUCUUGUCGCAGUGGCGACCAUGCCUCUUGUUUACAUGACGACUGUCUACGCUUUCGACCAUGUCACUACGCUCAGAGCCGGCGAGAAGCUGCUUAUUCAGUCCGCCACGGGUGGUCUCGGCUUGGCUGCCAUUCAGCUCGCUAAGGCCAAGGGUGCCGAUGUGUACGCCACUGUGGGAGGCGAGGAAAAGAGAAAGUUUUUGAUUGAAAAGGUUGGCCUCCCUGCGUCGCACAUUUUCUCUUCGCGCGAUGUGGCGGACUUGCAACGCGCCAUGCGCGAGGCUAGUGGUGGCCGUGGCUUUGAUGUUGUUCUCAGUGCUGUCAGAGGCGAGGACAUGCUGUAUGAGACCUUCAAGGUUCUGGCUCCCUUGGGUCGUCUUAUUGAUGUCGGCCGCAUCGACGUUAUGGAUGGCAACCGUCUGGGCUUGGAGCUGUUCCAGAAGAGCAUCACCUUUGCCUCAUUCGAUCUGGGUCUCAUCCUCGAAAACAGCCCGGACGUUGCCAGCAAGUUGAUGGCGGCGGUUCAUGCUUACUACCGGGCCGGUGACAUUGGUCCUGUUUGCCCCCAUGCUGUCUCCACCGUCGACCAGCUUCCUCAGGUGCUGCUCAACUUCUCCAAGGGCACCCACGUCGGCAAGCAUGUCAUCUCCUUCCAAGACCCCGAGGCUUUGGUACGCAUGGUCCCAUCUUCCGACAAGGCUGCCAAGUUCGACCCUGAGGCGCAGUACGUCAUUGCAGGAGGUUUGGGCGCUCUGGGCCGAUCCAUCAUUCGCUGGAUGGCCGACCGUGGGGCUUGCCACAUCGCUGUGCUUUCUCGAAGCGGCGCCGGCACGCCCGAGGCUAAGAGUCUCAUUCAAGACAUGGCCGGGCGGGGUGUUGAGGUGCAGCCCAUCAUUUGUGACAUGACAGCUGCAUGCAAGCUCGAUGAGACGAUCGGUAACCUGGCGAAAGUCAGGACCAUUCGCGGUGUCGUUCACGCCGCCAUGUUCCUGCAGGACAUUUCAUUUGCUAAACUUACGAUUGACCAGUGGAACAAUGGUAUCGCCGCCAAGGUAUUUGGUACCAAGAACCUGCACAACGCUACCCUCGGCAUGCCUCUUGACUUUUUCGUCAUGACGACGUCUCUGGAGUCAAUUGUGGCGCUAGCUACCCAGUCGGCUUACACGGCGGCCAACAACUUCCAGGAAGCGUUUGCCCGCCAGCGACGCCGCCAAGGCCUCCCCGCGUCGACGGCUUCCUUUGGUCUCAUCACGGAUGCUGGUCAUCUGAGUCGCGAGGCCACCGCCGUCAACAUGAUGUCCCGAAACAAGGCCGAGGGGGUCACGGAGCACGAAUUCCUGCGCCUCAUUGAGCCUGCCUUUGUCGACAGCUUCAGCGACAACGGCACGAGCCACGAUCCUCUUGCCUCGGUCAGCUUUACCACAUGCCUGGACGCCGCGGCCAUGGCGGAGCGCAAGCUGCGCGAGCCUGAGGAGACUACGGUGCCGCGAUGGUACAGCGACGGCCGCGUGUCGCUGCUGAUGCGAGCCAUGAACGACGCGUGCCGCCACGGCAUGAACGCUCAAAAGGACCAGGACAACGGCGGUGGCUCGCGCUCGUCAGCCAUGGCCAAGCUCCGCGAUGACUUUGACGCGGCAAUUCGCGCGGGCGCUGGUGCGGACGCCCGCGACAAGUCACUGACGCUUGCGUGCGAUGCAAUUAUCGGUGCCAUGGCGAGCAUGCUUUCCAUCAGCCCUGCGUCAAUUAGCUUGUCCAAGGGCGUGGCAGACUAUGGCGUUGAUAGUUUAAUUGCGGCUGAGCUGCGCAACUGGUUCAACCAGGCAUUCCGAGCGAACAUUAGCCUGUUGGACCUGCUGGAUGCGCACACGAGCAUCAGACAGCUGGCGAUCAUUGUUGUGGAUGGGGCGCUGGCGAAGGAGAGUGAGUAA